AUGGAGGAAGACGGAGGAGAACGAGCUCAACGGCGCAAUCUGACGAGCUCCGAAACCCUACUCUCAGAGCCACACCUCGAUCCACCGUCCACGUGUCCUGAAACCACACUCCAUCCCGGUGAGGAGGACCGCACGGAAUCGAAACCCGAGCUGAACCAGACCGAGAUAUUCCGAACUCUCGAAGUGGUCGAGAGGGACUCUCUCGCCAUCGCCGACAGCUUCACCACUCUCUUCGCCUCCCUUCGCUUGGCUCUUUCUGAGGUCACUAGCAACUCGGUUGAUCACAUGCAUUGCUUUAGCGAGGCUGCUGGCCGCCUUCAAGAAUCCGUGCUUGAUUGUGCUACCAAGGGAAAUCGGUAUAUAAAUUCAAGUCUCAGAUUGAAUGAAGAAAUGAAGGGCAUAGACAGUCUAGCAUUGCAGCUAAAACUCUUGAGGAGAAAUGUUGAUGCUCUAGACUCAGGUGUUAACAAGCUCCUCCGACUUCCAUGA